UCUCACCUGUUAUCGCUAUAGAAAUUAAAUUUUGGGCGUUUUGAUUUUUCCCGAAUCAAAUUUAUCAAUGGCAAGAGCUGCGGCCAAACGCCUCUUUUCUCUCUAUUCCUGCAAGACUAGAAAUUUAUUCCAUCAUUUCCGUCCUGCCCUAGCUCGUACAACUUCCGCGUUACAAAUUCCUAGCCAUGGACAAUUGCCGCAGCGCGAGCUUAUCCUGUUUACCAAAUUUGGCGUUUCCCCCUAUUUUCGUGGACAUUGCUUUUGCUCCUUGUCGGAAAAUGAUAAUCUUACCCUCGAUUCAACUCAAAUUGUUGAAAAUAAAGCGGAAGCGAAUGAUCUUGAUGGAGAAGAAAUGAUAUUUGAGCCUGAAAAUGAAUGUACGGGGCUGGAGGAAAAGACCUUGAAUUUUGUUGAGAUAUCGCUUAAGGAUCCAUUAGACAUAUAUAAAGAGCUUAAAGAUGCCCCGGGUUCGAAGAUGCAGUCCCGCAGUGAUUGGGAUACCGUGAACGAGAUUUUUAGGUGUUUUUGUCAGUCUGGUUGGGCUUCGAACCAGGCUCUGGCCGUUUAUAUUGGUGCCUCAUUUUUCCCCCUUGCUGGGAGAAAGUUUGCCGCUUUUUUCAAGAAGAAAUGUAGCAAUGAUUUGGUUAAGUACUUGGUAUCAGUCGGUCCUGGCGAUCAAGCUGAUAAGUUUUUGUUCCCAAUCUUUGUGGAAUAUUGCAUGGAAGAGUUUCCUGAUGAAAUUAAGAGGUUUAGGGGAAUGGUGGAGUCUGCGGACAUGACUCAACCGCACACUUGGUUCCCAUUUGCUAGAGCAAUGAAGCGGAAGAUUGUUUAUCACUGUGGUCCUACUAACAGUGGCAAAACAUAUAAUGCACUGCAAAGGUUUAUGGAGGCAAAGAAAGGGGUCUAUUGUAGUCCUCUUAGGUUGUUAGCCAUGGAGGUUUUUGAUAGGGUGAAUGCAUCGGGUGUUUAUUGCAGUCUAGUCACAGGGCAGGAGAAGAAGGAAUUUCCUUUCUCGAACCAUGUUGCUUGCACUGUUGAGAUGGUAUCAACAGAUGAGCUAUAUGAAGUGGCUGUUAUUGAUGAGAUUCAGAUGAUAGCUGAUCCUUACAGGGGUUAUGCAUGGACUAGAGCAUUGCUAGGCCUGAAAGCUGACGAGAUCCAUUUAUGUGGCGAUCCAAGUGUUUUGGAUGUGAUUCGGAAAAUUUGUUCAGAUACUGGGGAUGAACUUGUGGAACAGCGCUAUGAGAGAUUUAAGCCUCUUGUGGUUGAGGCAAAGACCCUCAUAGGAGAUUUGAAAAAUGUGAAGUCAGGAGACUGUAUUGUUGCAUUCUCGAGGAGAGAAAUAUUUGAGGUUAAAUUAGCAAUUGAGAAAUAUACAAAACACCGUUGCUGUGUGAUCUAUGGUGCCUUGCCACCAGAAACUCGCCGCCAACAAGCGUCCCUGUUUAACGAGCAAGAUAAUGAAUAUGACAUCUUGGUAGCAAGUGAUGCUGUGGGCAUGGGAUUAAAUUUAAAUAUCCGAAGGGUUGUCUUUUAUAACCUCACUAAGUACAAUGGUGAUAAAAUGGUCCCAGUUCCAGCAUCACAGGUGAAACAGAUCGCUGGAAGAGCUGGUCGGAGAGGCAGUGUGUAUCCUGAUGGACUGACCACUACCCUUCAUCUAGAUGAUUUGGAGUACUUGAUUGAGUGCUUGAAGAAGCCUUUUGAUGUGGUUAAACGAGUCGGCCUUUAUCCAUUCUUCGAGCAAGUUGAGCUAUUUGCAGCACAACUUCCUGAUCUUAAAUUUCCCAAGCUCCUUGAGAAAUUUAGUGAGAACUGCCGCCUUGAUGGGUCUUAUUUUCUGGCUCAGAAUAUGCACAUAAGGAAAAUAGCUAAUAUGCUGGAGAGGAUUCAGGGGUUAUCACUGGAAGACCGAUUCCACUUUUGCUUUGCCCCAGUGAAUAUCAGGGACCCUAAAGCAAUGUUCCAUCUGAUGAAGUUUGCUCAUUCAUAUGCUCAGGAGCUUCCAGUCAAUAUAGCUAUGGGUAUGCCCAAAUGUGCUGCUCGUAAUGAUGCAGAGCUUUUGGACCUUGAGACUAGGCACCAAGUGGUGUCAAUGUAUUUGUGGUUGUCUAAUCACUUUGAAGAGGAACAAUUUCCAUAUGUUAAGAAGGCUGAAUCAAUGGCUACAGAUAUCGCUGAGUUGUUGGGUGAGUCACUUCUCAGGGCAUGCUGGAAACCAGAAUCAAGAGGUGCACCAAAAUCAAAGCCACAAGAGAAGCAAGAUGGGAAUGCACAAACAUUGAAGGCAUUAGAGAAGGAAGAUGGUUAUCAAAGGCCAUUGUCGAUCAUCAAAUUACGUGAACAGUAAAGGAUGGGAAAUCUCAGACUACACAAAAACCGGAGAAAGUAACAUCAUAAAUCUCGGUUAUGAGGUCAUGUUAGCCUUCGCUGCUAGGAACUGUAAAUUUGGAAUUCAAGAUCGGAACUGCAGAGAAGUGAAUACAACAGAUUUAUCAGUGUUGUGAUUGAUUAAGAUUGAUAGCUACGAGCUCUGUUCUUCUUAUUUAUCAGUUGCACCACAAAUUUCAAGAACAAAAGUUCAAGGUUGGAAGACAAACUCAGGUAGUCAUCCCUCUCAAGUUCAAUGUGUAAAAAAGAAAGGGAUGUGAGUGACUAGAAUUGUUAAAUUUUUUAGUUAUCUUCUCCUUUACUUUAUGAGGUGUAUCUUUUCUUGAUUUAGGGGAAAUUUUGGUGAACCAAAAGAGUUUUUUUGUGAUCUGAGUAGGGGGUAGCGAAGCAUGUAGCAAACACUAGCAUAGGAAUUACCUAAUUAUAUUUUGUACUCAAGUUUCAUA